UCAUUCUCAGUCGGGGCGCGUCCGCAGCAGGACCGCGGAGGGAAGGCGCUCUCGGGACCCUGCGGGCACACGUCUUCUCGGGCUGCCCGCCGCCCUGCGCUUUCGGGAAGGCGUUACCCGGCGGCCGGGCGCGGGAGAGCCGCGGAGCCAUGGGUGCCGGCAGCUCCACGGAGCAGCGGAGCCCCGAGCAGCCGCAGGAGGGGAGCGACACGCCGGCCGAGCCCGAGCCCAGCAGCGGCGGCCCCGCGGCGGAGGCGGCUCCGGAGCCCUCGGAGGACCGCACCAUCCUCGCCACGGAGCCCGCCACCAAGCUGCUGCAGAAGAAUGGCCAGCUGUCCACCCUGAAUGGCUUAGCUGAGCAAGAAGAGCUCAGCCUCCAGGACGAAGCCCUGAAUGGCCAGGAGGAGGAAGAGGCCAUUGUCACUGACGUUGGACAGAGAGAGUCUGAAGAUGUGAGAGAAAGAGACUCUGAUAAAGAGAUGGCUGCCCACUCUGCGGUUGUUGAGGACAUCACGAAUGACAGGCAGGAGGAGAUGCCUGAAAUAAUCGAACAGAUCCCUUCGGAAAGCAAUUUGGAGGAGUUAACACAACCUGCUGAGUCCCAGGCUAAUGAUGUUGGGUUUAAGAAGGUGUUUAAGUUUGUUGGCUUUAAAUUCACUGUGAAGAAGGAUAAGAACGAGAAGUCUGAUACCGUCCAGGUGCUCGCUGUCAAAAAAGAUGAAGGUGAGGGCGCAGAAGGGUCCAAUGGGGCCGGUGACCACCAAGAACCCAGUGUAGAGACCAGGGCGUCGGCGUCCAAAGAAAGUGAACUAAAGCAAUCCAUAGAGCAGCCAGAAGACGCCCUUAAGCUCGAGCAAAGCAACACAGAAGUUUCUCUUCAGGCUGAGUCUGAUCAAGGGGCAGAGGAAGGCAAAGAUGAAGGAGAAGAAAAACAAGAAAAAGAACUUGCCAAGUCUCCGGAAUCUCCCACCAGCCCGAUUACCAGUGAGACAGCAUCACCCUUCAAGAAAUUCUUCACACAAGGUUGGGCUGGCUGGCGCAAAAAGACGAGUUUCAGGAAGACAAAGGAGGAUGAACUGGAAGUGUUGGAGAAGAAAAAGGAGCACGAGCCAGAAAAAGCAGGUGCAGAGGAGAAGACAGAAGAGGCGUCAGAGGGGCAGCCCCAGCCCCAGGAACCCGCAGGAGGGCUGGACGAGGCCAGACUGUCCGCCGAGUUUGAGAAGGUGGAGCUGCCCUCAGAAGACCCAGGCAGUGUCUUGCAGGACUCUUUGGAAGAGAAGUGUGCUCCCCUGGCGACAGAAAUAUUUGAUGACAAAAUAGAAGUCCAGCAAGAAGUUAUUGCAGAAGUCCAUGUCACCGCCACUGAAAAGAAAACAGAGGAGCAAGAAGCAGACGUGGAAGACACGGCAGAGCCCGCGCCACCUGAAAAACUGGUUGAAACGGAAGCAGGACCUGCCGAGGAGCCGGUAGAGACCAAAGAAGAGUGUGUGUCCAGAGAAGACCAUCCCCAGCCAGCUGACCUGAGUCCCGAGGAGCAGGUGUCGCCUAAACACCCCGAAGGCAUGGUGAGUGAGGCGGAAUUGCUGUCAUCACAGGAGCGGAUCAAGGUGCAGGGAAGCCCCCUCAAGAAACUCUUCACGAGCACGGGCUUGAAGAAGCUUUCUGGGAAGAAACAGAAGGGGAGACGCGGAGGAGACGACGAGCUAGGGGAACCUCCGCAGGUUCCAGCAGAGUCUCCAGAGAGUGCCGACGAGCAGAAGGGGGAGAGCUCCCCUUCGUCCCCCGAAGAACCCGAGGAGAUCACGUGCCUGGAGAAAGGGACAGCAGAAGGACACCAGGAAGGGGAAGGGGAAGAAGGAGCUACUUCCGACGGAGAGAAAAAGAGAGAAGGCAUCACACCCUGGGCGUCUUUCAAAAAGAUGGUGACACCCAAGAAACGCGUCCGAAGGCUCUCGGAAAGCGAUAAAGAAGACGAACUGGACAAGGUGAAGAGCGCUACCUUGUCUUCCACCGAGAGCGCAGUCUCUGAAAUGCAAGAGGAACUCAAAGGACCCGGAGAAGAGCAGAAGCCGGAAGAGCCGAAGCGCAAGGUGGACACGUCUGUGUCUUGGGAAGCGUUAAUCUGUGUGGGGUCAUCCAAGAAGAGAGCCAGGAAAGGCUCAUCUUCUGAUGAAGAAGGGGCACCGAAGACCGUGGGAGGAGACGGCCAGAAAACAGAGGAGGCCAGCAAAGACAAAGAAACGGGAAGCAACACCAUCCUUGCCAGCUCCCAGGAUCAGGAUCAGGGGCCAGGAAGUUCCUCACCUGAGCCAGCUGGAAGCCCGUCUGAAGGGGAGGGCGUUUCCACCUGGGAGUCCUUUAAGCGAUUAGUCACCCCCAGAAAAAAGUCCAAAUCGAAACUGGAAGAGAAAACCGAAGACCCCGGUAUAGAACAUUUAGCUUCAGAGGUGGAACCCGGGAAGGAAGAGUCUUGGGUUUCCAUUAAGAAAUUUAUUCCAGGCCGUCGGAAGAAAAGGUCAGAUGGGAAACAAGAACAAGCCACCACGGAAGACCCAGGGCCAACAGAAGUCAACGAAGAUGAUCCCGAUGUCCCAGCCGUGGUACCCCUGUCCGAGUACGAUGCGGUGGAGAGGGAGAAACUGGAGGCACAGCAGGCCCUCCAGAGUGCAGAGAGGUCCAAAGACAAGAUGCCUGUGGACGUGUCCGAGGAGCUCAGCAAGAAUCUGGUUCAGACAGUGACUGUGGCCGUCAUUGAUGGGACAAGGGCGGUUACCAAUAUUGAAGAACGGUCUCCUUCUUGGAUAUCUGCUUCAGUGAUAGAGCCCAUUGAACAAGCAGAAGAGGAAGCCGCACCAUUAACUGGGGAGGUCACUGAAAGAGAAGUCAUUGCAGAAGAAACUCCCACGGUUACCCAGACUUUGCCAGAGAGCAGAGAGACCCAGGAAGACACGAUGGCCAGCGAGGUGGAGCUGACGUCUGAGGCCGUGACAGCUGCAGAGACCACGGAGGCACUUGGUGCCGAAGAAGCAACCGAAGCAUCUGGUGCCGAAGAGACUACGGAAAUGGUGUCAGCAGUUUCCCAGUUAACCGAAUCCCCGGACACCACCGAGGAAGCCACCCCCGUUCAGGAGGUAGAAGGCAACGUGCCCGAUGCAGAAGACCAGGAGAGGCGAACUCAAGCCAUCCUGCAGGCAGUUGCAGAAAAGGUGAAAGAGGAAUCCCAACAGCCUGACGCCAGCGGGCCAGAAGGUGUGAUCCAGGCCACGCAGAAAGAGGAACCAGAAGCCCCGGAGCCGGAAGGAGCAGAAGAGGAUUCUGAAGCGCAGGGUCUGAGGAGAGAGACGGAUGUAGUGUUGACAGUACCUGGACAAGAAGCCAAGGCCGAGCAUCUCACCCGAGGCCCUGGAGUUAUUCAGCCCAGCCCUGAAAGCUCUGAAGAUGUUCCUCACGUCCCGGAGAGUGUACAGUCCCAGAAACCUGAAGCCACUUGUCGAGCGGAAACUUUGACUGGAGUCAAGUCCCAGGAGAACCCCAUGGAAGAGGCUCUGCCCCUUGACUCAGCUGAAACCCUGACAGACAGCGGGACCAAUGGAAGCACCCCAGUAGCAGAUCUUGAAGCUCUAGAUACCAUACAGCAAGAGGAGGUUGUGGAAAGCCAUGAGGAGAAUGUGGACGUAUCCCGUAUCCAGUCACAGGUCACACAGGCCGAGGCUGUUUCUGUGCAGAAAGAGGGGCCUCCGUCACCAUCUAGUUUUCAAUUACAGGAAAAACAUAUAGAGCAAUCAAAAAUGGAAGAAAGUCCAGAACACAGAGAUCAAGAGGUGUCAGUGGAGGCUGGACCCAUUCUAUCCAAGACUGAGGUGAUUCAAGAGACCGGCCAGUUUGCUGAGGAGGAAGCCAAAGAUGGACAGUGUGUUGCAGGACUUGAAGCGCCUUCACACACAGACAAAAGCAUCAGUCAGGAAAAGGUCACCGAAGUUGCCCUUACAGGUGAAGUGACCAAAGGAGAGGAGUGUCAGAAGGAUGACGAUACUGAACCCCAGAGUCCACGCCCAGAGAUGGUAGCCCAAGUAGAAAGGGAGAAGCCUGAAGCACAGCCAGCACAAGUGGGCGAAGAAAAUCUGGAGCAAAAACCAGCGGUUCCCACCUCUGAGGAGCCCAGCCAGCAACUGGCUGAGACAGUCAGGGUGCCUGGCCUGGACGGGAGGAAGGAAGAGAGCAGCCUUGAAGGAUGCUCCCCCGGCCCACAUCCAAAGGAAGCAGGAUGCACGGAGAUGCACCUUCCGAGCUCUGAGGCAUCGGAGUCUCUCACGGCAGUGGAGGAAAAGGUCUCAGGAGAAACUGACGAGAUUUCGGAAGCAGGUGACAUUUUGGAGUGUGCAGGUGCCCAUUUAGGACCAGCCGAGAAAACCUCUGAAGAGGAAGACUGGAUUCCUCAGCCAGGUGACAAACAUGUGCCGGCGGGGGCCGAGUCCCAGGCAGAAUCCAUACCAGUAAUCGUGUCUGCCACUCCCAAAAGAGGCCUGCCUUCCGACCUGGAAGGAGAGAAGGGCACAUCCCAGAAGCAGACGUCAGAUGAAGACGAGGAGCGGGUUCGUUGCCAGGAAGGCAAAAUGAAGGAAGAGCCCAUGGGCGAAAAGGAGACUUUGGAACUUGAGACCGAGAGCAGUAAGCUUGUCCAAAACAUCAUCCAGACAGCCGUUGACCAGUUCACACGAACAGAAGAAACAGCCACAGGCGUGCUCACAACUGAUUUACAGACACAGACCCUCCUGAUGCAAGCUGACAGCCAGGGGGCUGAAGAGGAACCCAAGAAAGAAGAAGACGGUCAGGCAUCUGCACAGGAUGGCGCGGAAGCCCUCGCAGCCCGAGAGGAGCCAGAGCUGACUGCCGUGCGUCCGCCACUUGCUGAUGCUUCCAAAGAUGUGAGUAAAGCUUCUGAAAAGAUCGCGACAGUUGAGGUCAAAAGUUGCUGCGUAAGUGACCAGCUGUGUGAGGAGCUGAUUCUCUCUUCCAAGGCCGAGGGGGAUGGAACGGGAAUGAAGUCUGUGUCAGACGAGGGUCAGGCUGAAUUAGCAGAAAGAACGAAGAAGUCACCAUUUGAGUCCAAAGAAGAUGAAAAGGGAGAUGCUGCCGAUCACCCAGAGAACCAAAGCUCAACCCUGGCAGAUGCUGAUGCCUCGGGAGACUUAACCAAAGAGUCCCCGGAUGCCAAUGGACCAAAACCGAAAGAGGAGGAAGAUGCCCAGGAAGUAGGAUUUCAGGAGGGAAAAGUGCACAGUGAGUCAGAGAAGGAGACCAAACCCCAAACAGAAGAGGAGAUACAGAAACACGAGAGAGAACUGGCAAGGCCCGAGCUUGCAGAAUCCUAAGACCUGGUUUAAUCUCAUCAUCUAGCUGCAAGACCAGUGUGUGAAGACAAGUCAUGGAGAAGAUGCUGCGGAGACUUGAGACCCAUGUUUCAGGCUUUGAGAACCAGAGAGCAGGCACAUCCACUGAUCUCACUCCUAGAGCGCCCCCGACAAUCCUGAGGCUUCAUCAGGAGCUAUAGCCACCUAAGAGUUCCUUUCUUCCAAGACCACCUGUAAUUUUCCCUUGAUACUGUAUAACAUUUCUGAUUUAAGGUUCUGAAUUCUUAACCUGGAACUGGAGUUGGCAAUACCUGGUUCUGCUUCUCAAACUGGAGUACCAUCCUUUAUGUAUUUAUGUGUGUGUUUUAAGUAAUCCUCCCCCUGUGUCUCUUGUAUGUUUUUUCUUACUGUGUAAGGACAUGUGUGCCAUAGCACAUGCCCUUUGUGUCACACAACAUAUGACGGGGUGUGCAGCUGUGGGGAAGCCUUGGAAAGACUUAAACCUCAAUGACAACCUGUGAAAACCAGCUUCCGAGAAUAACAUUCCUAGGGAGAAGGUACAGUUCUUACUUUAAAACUCACUAACGCUCAGGUCUAUGCUGGUAGCACUCUGAAGUCCGUCACUUUCCUCUCAUGCGCAGUGAGCUAAAAAUAAAAAAGCAUUUUGAAACAUACAGAAUGUUCGAUUGUUACUGUGAGAUUUUUCUUUCUAGUCCAGUGGCGGUUGGAAAGAAGACCUUUUCAGUAGCAGAUGAAGUCCUAAGUCUUUUCUCCUAAUUGUUACGGUUGUGUGGACAGAUGAGCGUGCUGAAUCCUGAGGCAGAGUAGUGAGUGUUUUUUCAUGUUAUGCAGAAAAGAAUUGACUGUUGUAAGUUUUUGAUUUGUACUCUUAUAUGCUGGGCCAAUUCACACAGAUCGAAAUGAGUCCUGUUCUUUACAAAUGGUAUUUUGAUAGAUACUGGAUUGUGUCUGUGUCAUAUUUGUGCCCCUUCUUUUAAGAACAAUGUUGCAUUAUGUUCCUUUGGAUAAAUUGUGAUAUGACAACUGAUUUAAAUAAAAUAUUUGCUUCACUUAGAUUUGCUGGUUUUAUUAGGUGCCAGGAAGCCCGGGACCAAUGUCUACUGGGUUAGAAUAAGAUGAUGACGAUAAGACUCUGGUGGGUAAGCUGGAGCUCUCUGAUGUCAUCGCUGCCUGAAACCUCGCUUUACACUGGUUUGAGUCAGAUGUUCAAAGGAAGUCUCAGCAGUAGUUUUCCAGACUGACAUUUCUGGUACAGUUCCUCAUCUUAUAAUUCCUGAAAAACCCAGUUCUCUUGUUAAUAUUUUUGGUUUCAAACCAAAAAUGGCAGAUGUCUCCAGAAGGAAAUUUUUAAGAAGACUUAAUAGUGCAAAAUGUCUUACCUAAAAGUUGACCUUAGAAAUGCAAGGGCGUGGUGGCACACACCUGUAAUCCUAGCAACUCUGGGGACUGAGGCAGGGGAAUCCCAAGUUCAAGGACAGUCUGGACAAUUCAGUGAGAUCCCGGCUCAAAAUAAAAAUUAAAAAGGACUGGGAGUGUAGCUCAGUGGUGAUUUCCUUGGGUUAAAUCCCUAGUAUACUCUCCACGCGGCCCUGCCCCUAAGUUAACGUUACGAGUCAUCCAUAAAGGAUUUUGUCAGACCGUUGUCCCAUAAAGAAGUAGUACCUUUUUACACAUGGAACUGUCCUGGCAAAUAUGCAUAAAUUUGACUUAACCUCAGUACUCCAGUUUGAGAACUUAAAUUUUAACUGUCAAUGAUUUUUUAAAAAGUAAACAUUCUAGAAAGCGACUUAGUUUUUACAAGAGAGUUUACUAUUAAAAUUGAAAGUAGUUUUCUCAACAAACCUGACUACCUAAACAAUUGGUCAUAUUGGUCACCAGGUCAUAUGACACCUGGUGAUAUGGUUUAGUUCUUUUCAAUAGCCACCCAUGCGUAUUUAUUUGUUUUUGAGAUGGGGGUCUCUGUUGAUCCAGGCUGGUUUCUGAUUUCUGGGCUUAAGUGAUCCUCUUGCCUCAGCUUCCCCAGUAGCUGGAACUACAGGCAUGUGCCAGUACACCUAGAUCACCUGUGCGUUCAUAAUUAAAAUAAUUGAAUGUUAUCCUCCAAUAUAAAAUCCUCUGACGCCCACCUCUCAUCAGUUGAAGCUUUUUCAAGGACAAUAGAAAGUAUUGGAGACCACAGCAGUUUAUAAUGUUUCUGUGGCAGAAAGAAACAUUGCUGUCCUGAGCAAGUUAAGUGUGUGCCCUUGUCCUUUCUUCCCAUGUGUGACAGAGGGACAGGCCAUCACAGCCGGCUUUCCAGUGAUCACUGCUUCUUGACUGCUUUCUGUACCGAUGAUGCCUGCGUGCCCCAGGUGGCUUCUGAACGCCGGGGUUGUUUAGCGACAUUGUGCUGUUAACACAAGAAUGCCAACAGUAGCCUGAAAUAUAAUUGUUUUAUAAUUUGAAAGCUGCUGUUAAUUUUUAAGCAUAAUCAAAUGUAAACCGUGGAAGUUUGAGCAAGUGCCUCAAUUUUGCUAUUUUUGGCAUUACCAUGGAGCCAUGGACAAUAGAAAGUGAUGCUGCAAGACUUGUAAACUCCUGCCACUUGUCACUGAGGAAUAUAAAGUGUCCCCCCUCAGGUAAUGUUGCUUAACGGUACCCAUGAGUUGCCUCUGUACAUAGAUCCUUUGUUCCGAUAUUUUCCUUCGAUGUUUGGAACUAGAGAUAGGGGCUGCAAAUUUAGCUUUUCAUGUAAGCUUUAAGCUUAGCACUUACCUCAAAUAUUUUUGGUUUCUAGUUCUGUUUGGGGGCCAGUUUUCAUUAAAUAAAAGUCUAAUUAAAUUUU